UCCCUUCAUCACCUGAACUGAAGGAUCCUGUAUACCGAACAGGAUCUCUCGCAUUUAUGAUCUAUGAGAGCUUUCAAUGUAGUCUCAAAUCGCUGACAUACUGCGAAGCGAGGAGCGUGACAUGAAUAUAAGAGAGCCUUCACCUCCCAAUUUCACAAAGGGAGAAGAGGAUUGCCAAGAUUUCUCUCUUCAACUUAUGCACAUUUCACAUGUGUAAAUCUUGGCUUCCUGUUCUGGUUAUUGUGAACAGGCCUGCAAUAUGCACUUCUUCUAGCAUAUGCACCGAACUUUUGUUGCAUCUUGAGGCGAAUGCAUUUGUCAGCUGAGAGAGUUAGACCGCAAGAAUAAUUAGUCUCACAACGGAGAGAUCGUUGAAAGUAUCCAUUAGUGACAGCGUACGAUAAACACAUACGGCAACGCGUUGCAUCUCUCUGCUGUAGACUUCAGUCACAGACACCUUCCCUGAGGUUGGCUGCAUAAGGAGUGCUUCGAACGCGAUCUUCACUUUUGCUCACGAAGAUCAGGAAGGUACAGCAGUCGGAUCAACAAUUCUGAUUUAAUGGGAGAAUCCGCGAAGGCUAAUUAUACAUUCUCUAUCGUCAAAAUCUGCAAGAAGCUUGGUCUGAACGAUGUGCGGCGAUUAGUCCAUGCCUCCAAAGUCGGGCUGGCUUUGACAUUGUCAUCGCUGCUUGUGCUGGUGCAAGAGCCUUAUUCAUGGAUUGGGCAGAACGCGAUUUGGGCUGUCAUCACGGUGGUCGUAGUCUUCGAAACUUCUGCAGGCGCAACUCUAAGCAGGGGCUUCAAUAGAGGAGCAGGGACGGUGCUGGCGGGCAUUUUAGCCCUUGGGUUUGCACACUUAGCAGAUCUUUUCCAUGAGCCAGGAGAGCCUAUCUGCAUUGGAAUUACGGUAUUCUUUGCAGGCAGCAUUUGUACAUUUGUACGAGCAAUCCCCAAAGUGAAGGCCAAGUUCGAUUACGGGAUCGUUAUAUUUAUGCUUACGUUCUGCAUGGUACUGAUUAUAGGAUAUCGGAUAGGUGAUGAGGUCACGACGGCUUCAGAUCGUUUAUUGACAAUUUUGAUCGGCGCACUUAUUUGUCUUUUAGUUAGUUUGAUCGUCAUUCCUCAUUGGGCUGGAGCAGAUCUUCAUAAACUUGUCUCCGACAACUUUGACAAGCUUGCCGAAGCUUUAACAGGUUGUGUUGAAGAAUAUCUAGACGAAGAUGCGCGGUCUGUAACAGAUAUGAAAAUAUAUGUGCAACAACCAGAUGAUGAUCCUGUGUACAAAAAAUGUCGAGAGGCUGUAAAGUCAAGGAUGACGGAAGAGGCACUAGUCAAUUUUGCUCGGUGGGAACCUCCACAUGGUCGUUUUGGAUUGGGACAUCCUUGGAAAGAAUAUUUGAAAGUUGGAGCCAUGCUUCGGCAUUGCGCAUACACCGUUUUGGCCCUCCACGGUUGUCUGCGAUCUGAAAUACAGGCGCCGCGAGGUCUUCGAAUUCUCUUUGCUGAUGAGUUACGGAGAGCGAGCAAGGAGGCGGCUAAAUUGCUUCAUGAGCUAGGAAGUUGCAUUCGUACUUUGCGCAAGCCUAGCUCCCCUCCGCUAGACCUCAUUCGACAAGCAACUCAUGCUGCGGAUGAAGUCAACGAGUGUAUCCGUAAGUAUUCGUAUUUAUUAUCGACCCCAGAAAGAUGGACAGCGAUGGAAGAAAAUCUUCAUAGCAAAACUAUACAAAACUUAGGCAACGCUGACAAAUCGAAGUUGGUGAGAUUAGAAAGUCUAGCAACUUCUCUCAGAACUGUGGAAGACCGUGAUACUCUGCAGUCGAGCUUAAACUCCACCAUGGGAAGUAAAUAUAAAGGAAGUAUAAGUUGUGGCAAAGUGAAGCCUUUAGGAGCAGCUUGCCCCUCAGAGGAGAGACAGUUGAUCAAAGUAAAUAGUACGUCACCACAAUCUGCUGACAAAUCACUCGGAAGAUUAGACCUAGAUUCCAGUGCGUCCAUCAAAUUACAGAUAGCUGAAGAAUUAAAACCCGUCGCAGCCAAAAAGCAGGAUGUGGAUGGGGCGAGGGUCUUGUCGCUGGUUACUUUUGCCUCAUUAUUGGUGGAGAUGUUGGCCAGAUUGGAACAUGUUGUCCAGGCAGUAGAGCAGCUCAGCCAACGCGGUCACUUCAAAGUACGGGAGGUUAUAUCGAGCGUGGAUGAGGAUUCUGAUGAUAGUAAUCUUCCCAGCAGGCUCGAGUUAGGAGAGAACGACGGAAUGAACUCGAGUAAGCAUUCUCGAUCAUUUGAUGGAAGUAGUAGUCAAGAUGGACAUGGAACACGGACUAAGAAACCGAAGUCCUUAGAUAGAAAUCGACACUUGCCCACAGGUCUUCCAACAUCAAUAGAAUGAUCGUUGGCAGAAAUAAAUUCUUCAUCAGAACAUAGAAUAGUCAUUGAACAUCGAUAAGAUGACAAUAAAGUGCACAUUGCACUUGA